AUGCCAGCCACGGCUGUGGACCACCAUGUGCCCGCAAACCACGUGCAGGCCAAGUUCACGGGCAGAGACGGCAUCAACGAGGGACAGCCGGACCAGGCGAAGGAGGAGGACGAGGCGGGCAAGACGUCCAUGUCGAGCAAGAACGGUGGAGGCGCCGCGGUGGCAAACCGUUUCCUGCGAAAGUCAUGGACCCCGAUCCGGAAGAGCAUCAAUCCCCUCGGUGCACCGACGAGUGUGCAAUCGGACGUGACGGCAGGUCGAGACGAGCCUGGAGGAGCGAACAUCGAGGUCAGCGCCACCCAACGCGCGAUCUAUCGAUCUUUUGUGAUGGGCACACGAACUUCGGCAGAACACAAAUUUAGCACCUCGGGGCCGCUGAUGGCUCGCGUCGCUCAUCUCAUGGGCCAGUCUUCCCCGAGUCACAACAUCGUGCACGUUCCAUUCCCCCGAGGAGACAUCGCGAAGCUCAAGAAACGAGAGAGCUCGGAGGUCAAGCUCAAGCUCAUCGAUCCCUUGUCUCCGUUGGGCGGAUCAUUGUUCAACCCUGACGCCCUGCUCGUCAUCGCGAUGGAUUCCAUCAAUGGGCAUUUCCUGUUCGCCUUCGGGCGCUGGAACCUCGAGGGGAAGAUCCAACAGGGGUAUUGGGACCAGUGGCUGCUGUGGUGCAGCGUUGUGAGGGAUGCUACGAGGACAGUUGCUGUGCCAGAGCCCCUCUGUAAGACUGAUUUGGAGAGGGAGGGGCGUUUUGGGAUUGAGGAUGAUAGCAGUGGCACCGUAGUCGGCCCAUUCACUUCGCCGCCUGGCUCAAAAGAGUUGUAA